UGACAUCAACGCUCUUCACUGGACGACGUCGUCUCACUUUGUAAACAACACUCAUGAGGAUGAAAUGGGAAGUUUAUUUAUUUCCAUCCCACCUUGAAUCACAUGGAAUAUUGUUCAGCAGAUACUUUUUAAGAAUGAAGUGUAAAUAGAGAAGCAGAAGAAGUUGCGGCUUUUUUCUCCUUCCGACUCGUCUCACUCCGUCUGUGACUCACUGGUUUCAGUGGGAAGUGACAGUGUGGCUGCAGUUUCUGUCCUGACAUCUUCUCUGUGUGUUUGCAGCUCUACUUGUUGCAGCUCUGCUUGUGUUUUUCUUUAUUGUCUCCAGGAAGGAACAAUAAUGAUUCUUUAGUAUCGACAGCAGCAAUAAGAGGAAGUUCUGCUGAAGAGACGCUGCUGGUUUACCUGAACACAACAACAGGGUUUAAUUCUAGUUUUUACUGGGGACUUCCUGUUGCUUUAUCUCCUGUGUUUUCCUCUGGAUGUUGUGAUGCCCGUGCAGAAGAUGAUGCCGAAGGUGGAGCAGAGCUCGUGCACGGAGGAUCGCAUCCAGCACGUCCUGGAGCGCUGCCUCAGCGGCCUGGGCCUCGACGCUCCUGACAAGCAGCUGUGGAACGCCGGACUGUGCAUCAACCGCUGGUGUUUGGAGGAACUCGUGAAGAGAGAUCCCCACAACUUCCUCAUCCUCCUGCAGAAGCUGCUGAGCAAGGCGGCGCAGGUGCUGGAGCAGAGUCGCUACGAGCUGGUGGUGCCCCUCACGCUCCUCUUCUCCUCCGCCCUCCUCAAAGCGCCCCACGUGGCGCCGCACGACGGCGUGCUGCAGGAGGCCUACCUGUUGUUCCACGGCUUCCUCACCUGGCCGGAGCCUUGCAGCUCCGCCAGCAAACGGCUGCUGAAGGUCAUCCAGAAGGAGCUCAGAGCGCCAGGUAUUUCGUUUCAAAGACUGGUUCGGGCGGAGCAGGGUGUUUCCUCUGAGACCCACGGAUCCAAAACCAUAACGGUGCUGCUGGUGAACCCAGACGAGGACGUCCCUCCGGAGGUCCAGUCCGUCUCGGAGCAGCUGAGCGGCGGCCAUCACUCCAGCCGAGACGUCUCCAUCCUCCUCGUCCUGCACAGCUUCCAGGCCGCUCUGGGCGCCACCCACGACCUGCGGGCGCUCCGCGCCGCCCUCCAGACGAAGCGUCCCGAGGAGCUGCAGCAGCUGGUGGAGGCGGUGACCGACCGCGUGGAGGCGGCGGCCUCGACGGCAGACCUCAGGUCAGCUCGGCGAGCCCUGCUGCACAGCAUGGAGCGGCUCAGAGACGACCUCGCCGCUCCCCGCGAUGGACUCUCAGACGUAGGGCCCGUUGAGACUUUCACGCUGCCCUUCCCCAAAUGCCACAAGUGCUCCUGGGAAAACGACAACUUAGAUUUUCUGAACGACAUCCUCUCCAUCGAGCCCGACCUGGACUCGCCCGACGACUGUUUCCCUAAAUCCCCGAUGGACGACGACGAUACCAUCGACACCAGCGUGGACGAGGAGGACGAGGCGGACCGCGGGUUCCAGAGCCACCGCAUCUCCACCGCCUCCUCGUCCUCGAGGGACUCCGGCCACUCCCUCUCCUCCAGCUGGUCCGCGGUGUCCACGGCGUCCGGUUCGUCGGGCGUGGAAAGCGACCUCGGCGAGGACGUGGGAGACGAGCUGAAGCUGAGGAAGAAACCCAAGAAGAAGUCCAGGUCCAUCUUGGGAGUGGAGCGCUUCUCCAUGCUCUUCAAGGCUCCGCUCAGCCCCGGCAGCUGCCGGCGGGCCCAGAGCAUGGGUCACCGUGGCGACGUGCAGAGGGCCGCGCCGCCGCAGCUCAAACUCUCCCGGUCUCUGUCCAGACAACUGCAUCCUCUGCACACGCCCGCCGUUACCCAGGAUCCUCUCUCCCCCCGGAAGCACAUGUGCGUCCGCAGGAGGCCGAUCCUGAGCUGCGACGAAGGCGACGCGGCCGAGGCGCCCACGCUGGUCAGGGUGGUCGUGUUCGGAGGGGACAAAGAGGCCGGCCGGCUGGCCCGGGCGUACAGCGACCUGCAGCGGAAGGAGAGCAAACGGCCACGACUCACCAAGACGUGCACGCUGCAGUUCUACUUUGUCCCCACCAGGAGGAGAACGACGGCAAGCACGGGGGGCCAAACACCAACUGAAGGGCGGACAGGGAGUUCAACCAGAGCUCCUGUGGAGUCUAACGGCGGCGUGCCGGAGGACCGGAGCACCGACAUCGCCCGGCUGCUGGGCCGGACCGACCCCUGGUACGAGAGGAACGUCCUCAGUCUGCUCAGCCUGUCCUCGGACGUCCUCUGUCAGACCGCCUGUAAGGACGCCGACAAGGAGUCGGCGAGCGGCGUGGAGACGCUGCCCCUGCUGGCGGACCUGGUGCUCUAUUACUGUCGCCACGCCGACCAGCCCGUUCUGGUGCAGCUCUACCAGGCGGAGUUGACCCUGGCUGGAGGAGAGAGGAGAAGGGAAGUGUUUAUCUACUCUCUGGAGCUCGGGCACACGGCUGGAACCAGAGCAGUUAAGGCCAUGGGCUCUGCCAGUAAAAGGUUUGGCAUAGACGAAGAGCGGGAGGCCGCCCCUCUCGCGCUCAGCGUUGCCUACAACAAGGUGGCCGUCAGCGGGAGGAGUCAGUGGAUCCAGACGGAGGUGGCCUGCACGUCGAUUAAUCUCUACAAAGCCAAACCGGAGCAGCUGGAUGCGAGAAUAGAAAGUCUGCAGCUGACGAUGACCGAGGUCCUCAAGAGGCAGAGCGCCAAGUCUAAAAAGGGAUGCAACCAGCACAUCUCCGUAUCAGAGGUGAAGGUGGACGGCGGAGAGGAGGGGACAACGUUUGCCGUGUGUCUGGAUCAGGAUGAGAAGAAGUUCAUCCAACGUGUCACCAGGUGCGAGGUGUCCCUGUGCUGUAAACUCGGAAGCAGUUCAGACUGGAGGUCCUACAAGUCCUCGCCCGGCCAAGUGCAGCCGCUGCACCCGUCCUACUGCUCCCUGCUCUGCCUCCCCAUCACCUCGUUCUCUGCCUCGAGCCUCUGACACGCUCCGCCACACCGAGGGAAGCCCGGCCCGUUUGGACCAAAGCAACACGGGGGAGUAAGCUAGGGACGCAGACCCUCCUGAGUAGAUACUGAACCCGGUGCAGGGAACAAACAGUAGGACGUCAAGGUGUGCCGAGCUAGUGGAGGAAUGUUUUCAAGCUUCCUUGCACAUGCUUUUCUCUCACCCCCUGGAGCACGGCCGACGUCACACACCUGCUGUCAAAGUAAUUACUUUAUUACUACUGUGUACAUUCUUUUUUGAUGUCGUAAAAUGAACUAUUUAUUUUUUGAAGUGAUUUUCCAUCGUUGGUUUUUUGUUUACAGUUUUUCCGAAACAAGGUUUGAAUCACACAACUGAAAAUAAAAUCUCAAAUCAG